ACGAACUCGUCGGUAAACUCACCACAGAAGAAGCUGAAGUGAGGGAGAUGGGGAUGUUUAUGUUUCUCUCCCGAAUGAACGGUUGAGUUUUUAUCAUUUCUGAGUAAACAAAUAUUUCUGGUUGGAAAUUUUUAGGCGUAUAGAUUAAAAAAAAAAAGUUAAUCCUUGUGUGUGUAUUUGAGCUUCUGCGUUUAAAGCCAUGAGAAUCGGGACCUUUUAGACUUUUUGUAAUGGAGUCAGCAGAGGUGCAGCCGAGCCCUUUCAGAAAAUCUCUACACACUCCUGCUCGCUCACGGGUAAAAUCUAGCCAUAUGUGUGCAUGAUAAUUUUUUUUGAGUGACAGAUUUAAAUGGAUUUCAUAUGAGCUUCACAUAUUUGGACAUUUCCGUAGUAAAGCUUUAUGAGGAUGUGAGGACAGAAACGUGUACGGGUUCAGGCUCUGUGGGACACAUCAACACUGUGAACCAUCAGAAACAUAUAAAAAAGGAAGAAACUGAAGAGGAAGACGAUCUCUGUAAGUCAACAGCGCACAAUACAGUCCAGUCUGAUGGUGAAGGGACAUCCAGCGCUGUGGGAGACAUCACACCUGUGAAUGAACACAAACCUGUAAUAAAGGAAGAACCUGAAGAUGAAGACUAUCUCUGUGAAGGAACGUCGAGCCCUGUGGGACACAGCAGCACUGUGGACGAGCAGAAUGAAGAAUUUCAAAUAAUGCUUGUAAAAGAGGAAGAGUCUGAAGAUGAAGGCAGCAUCUGUACAGCGACAGUUUGUGAAAUGGACGAUGAUCAGUUGCAAGUCUUCUCCUGCUCCUGGUGUUCACUUUCCUAUACAUCUCAAAUUGACCUCGAAACACACAUCAGAAGAAACCAUAAUGAUGAAUAUGAGAAAGUGGUGAUCUCAGGAGAGAUUCCAUAUGAGAGUCUAAUAUUGACAAGAAGCUCCAGUAUUCAGCAAAUAUCUUCUGAUUCUGUCACCAGUAACAACUCUCAUGGACAAAUGCAGAAAGUCUAUCCCUGUCUGGAGUGUGGGAAUAGAUUUACGAACAAAAGUAAUCUUAAAGCACACCAGCGCAUUCACACGGGAGAGAAGCCGUAUCAGUGCUCGCAGUGUGGAAAGAGUUUUACUCGACAGAGUUCUCUCCAGCAGCACCAGGUGGUUCACACGGGAGAGAAGCCGCAUCACUGCUUAGAGUGUGGAAAGACUUUCACUCGACAGAGCUCUCUCCAGCAACACCGGCGCAUUCACACGGGGGAGAAGCCGCAUCACUGCUCAGAGUGUGGGAAACGUUUUCCUCGACAGAGUGAUCUCCAAAAACACCAGCGCAUUCACACAGGAGAGAAGCCCUAUCAGUGCUCCCAGUGUGGAAAGAGUUUUAGUCAAAAAGGUAAUCUUCAAACACACCAGCAAAUUCAUACAGAAGAGAAACCAUAUCACUGCACACAGUGUGGGAAAAGUUUUACCUGGCAGAGUACUUUUCAAACACACCAGCGCAUUCAUGCGCGAAAAGCCAUGUCAGUAGUCACAGUGUAAGAAGAGUUUUACCUGUCUGCGCCAUCUCCAGUGACAGCAGCGCAUUCGAAUCAUAGACAAGCUACAAGAGUUUCACGUAUUCAGGUGUGUUUAAUAUACACAAUUAACGUGGCCACUAUUGGAUUUCCAGCUGUCGAGGCCAUAAAAAUAUUAAAGAAUGUUCUGUUGCAUUUUUUAGAUAUUUGAUUUGUCUCUUUAGCUGUAAGUUUGAAGUGGAUUGGUAAAUUGAUAAACACAAAACUCAGUUCAACUCUAUUCUAUUUUUAUUUGUAUAGUGCUUUUAACAUUGGACGUUGUCACAAAGCUGCUUUACAGAAAACCUUCACUAGUAAUUUAUGUUCCUUGAAUAAAAUGGGCUGCUAACUGUGAACUUGUGUCUUCUUGUGUCUUAUGUUUAUUCCUUUUCCAAUAUUAAUACACAAAUAUAACUGCUCACUGCUACUUGUCGUACUCAUUUUCAUGCAAUAUACUCAAAGCAACUGUCCAGUUUUAGUGACUGUAUGGUGACCGAGCCAAGUAAAGAAUUUCUUCACACACCUGCAUUUUGAAAUGACUAAAAGAUGAGAAGAAAGUGCAAAAAUAUUACCUUGACCUUGAGCCACUAGAUCUUCCAGAGGCUUAAACUGGAUAAUAUCAGGGUUAUGACGUUUUACUUUGUUGGUUCACCCCCGUAUUUUGUUGACAUAUCACCAAAAGUGACUUUGUUGAAGUGUUUAGCUAGUUAUUUAGUUAACUAACUUGAUAAAAACUGUUUAUACCUUUACACCACUUUCACAACCAUAAGAAAGCAAUGGGAAUUUGUCAAAAGUCCCUUUUCUCAGGCCCCUUGGAAAUCUUCUUACCUCGCCUGAUGAAGAACAGAUCAUAGAGCCACAAAAUUUGGAGGAUCUUCAACCAUGUCAGAUGCAUGCAAUUCAUGUGCUUGAGCCAUGUAAAUGACCAAUGGAUAACCAGAUACCAUAAUACUCUGUCAUAUGGAGUCACCCAGCUCCCUUCCACUGUGGCGAGAGACACUACAGUGACCACUACAUACACAUAUAUUCAAAUUUCACUGAAUAAUUCAAGCGACAGAUUUAGACAAAGAUAAAAACACAACAAGGAGCCAUCUGGG